AUGACGGAAUCCACCGAAGAAAUGGGGACGCGGGUGAUGUACCUCAUCCUCCGAAAGGACCUCCAGACCUACCUCAAAUGGCCAAUUGGCGCUCUUUGCACUCAAGUCGCCCAUGCUGCCACCGCUUGCCUUUGGACUUAUAAAGAUGACCCCGAAGUUGUAAAAUAUAUGGAAGACAUGGAUCACAUGCACAAGAUUACUUUACAGGUAAAUUAACGACGAUUUCACCGUAAUGAAUUCGGAUUUUAUCACCGAUUGGACGCGUUUGACCAUGUUGGUUUGCAGGUAGAAGACGAGGACAUGCUCAAGGCCGUUGCCGGCAAACUGGACGCCGCCAAUGUCCAACACAAGGUCUGGAUCGAAGACGAUAUGCCCGUCUGCAUUGCCAUCAAACCACAGCCCCGCUCGCCGCUCAAAGAAGUCCUCGGACAUUUGAAGUUGUACAAGUAA